AUGUAUCGGAGGAGAAACAAUGGAAUAAAGGUGAACAUCCGGGGCAAUAUCCUUGAUAAUAAAUGGGUGGUCCCAUAUAAUCCAAAGUUGCUAAUGAUGUUCAAUUGUCAUAUCAAUGUUGAGGUUUGCUCAAGUAUAAUAUAUGUGAAGUAUGUGUUCAAAUAUGUUUACAAGGUUCAUGACAAACAGGUUAUUCAUGUUGAUCCUGAUACAGAAGAGGUCAUUGUCAACGAGAUAAAGAGAUUUCAAGAUACACGAUAUGUUUCGUCACCUGAGGCAAUUUGGAGGAUUUUUAGCUUUCCACUUUCUCAAAUCCACCCUUGUGUGAUGGCUUUGCAGGUCCAUCUUCCGAAUAAGCAGCUGGUUAAGUUCAGAGAGAAUGAUAUAAUGACAGAUAUCGUUGAUAGAGACAGAGAGAGAGAGAGACAAGAGCUCAAUGUUGACCGCAUUUUUUGA